AUGCCCCGGGAAAAUCAAGGAGACGAGAAAGAAUCCGAAGAGGGCAAGCGUUCACCCCGCGAAGGAAGUCCAACAGCCCGAACAGCUAGCCCUGGGUGCGAGGAGGGUGAGGAUAGAGAGAAAACCCCCGAACCGCCAGCACUGGAAGCAGCACCCUCGCCGGAAAUUCAAGUAAUCGAGGAAUCGCGGCCCGAGAGUCCAACAUGCAGUCCUCGCUUCAUCAGGAGAGCUCUCACACCUCUGAGAGAAUCCAUGAGGAGGGCUCAAGAGCGAUUUUCGACACCACCGAAAGAUCAGCCUCCUCACGCCUCCACCUCAGCGGAAGCGACUCAGCCAGAUCGAAGCGGACCGAAAGUGUCGUGCUGCGAGUGGACAGCUCUCGCCAAGAGGGUCACCCCCUGUAUGUUGAAUCCGUCUACGAAAGCUAAAGACAAGCGCUCUGGGGAAGAAGCCGACGCGGAGCAUACAGACGACGAAGAAGUGGAAAUGCGCACGGAGGAGCCUGGAGCUGGCCCCAGUUGUCUCCGGACUGACCAACUCGUCGUCGAGACAGGCAAUCUUUCCCUCUCCACCAUUUCAGGAGGAACGUCACGCGUCACGCGAACGUCUCCAGAGAAACCCAGCAAACCCAAGAAAGGCAAACGACGCUCACCUUUCUCCAAAAAAUCAAGCAAGCAGGAUCAGCCCGCUGAUCUCGGGUCCGAAAACGAGGCGAGUGAUAAGGGGGACGGAUCAUCGCCCGGGAAGUCAAAGCAGGGCAAAAAUCGAAAAUCGCAUGCCAGCCCGAAAGACCCGGAAAAGAAGGCGUCCCGUUCAUCGGCCGGAAAGCAGAUCUCCUGGCCCGAUCCAAAGAAGGGAGGCGCUCCUGUGAAGCGGGCUUGGUUCUACAGGUUCACGCGGUCGGCCUCGCUGGGGGGGAGUCCUCAGGACUCGGAAUCCAGAGCGAGAGGACCUCGGAGAGGGCUCUCUGCGUUGCUCGAAGAGCUGCCGCCCGCCCGGGGCUGGGCGGACAAUCUGGGGCUGCGACGCGAAAUGAUGUCGUUGGAAGAUGCCAUAAGGAGAGCGCGGUGUAUGACGGACUCGUCUACGACCGAUUCGACCACACAGCUCUCGGAAACGACUGACUCAGCGUUUAUGUCGCCGACCACGACGAGCACGACCACAUGUCGACUCGCGCGUGCUCUAGGCUUCGUGUCAUUACAGGAGCCCGCCAUGUUCGACCUAAUGAGGAGGUGGUUUUCAUACUUCGCCCGAAGGGCGAGAACUCGCGCUGGUGUCUGCUUCUGGUUGUUGAUCGCCGGCAUGUGGGCAAACGUGGACGAAAUCUGCGAUUGCUGCUCUUUCGCUUCCGGGCACAGAAGAUACAUGUCGCCGAGAGACACGUCACCGAUCAGUCCGCUGGACAGCACUGCGAUCUCCAGCUCCGAUAGCGGUACGGAAGAAACCUCCCCGGUGGAUGUGAGAGCUCUGUCUCCUCCGGCACUGUGUUUCUUGAAGUUGACCCUGUCGGAGAUAAUCGAUGCCGCUGAAGGAUAUCUACCGAUCGAGCCUGAAGCUUUGGACAGACUCUGCAUCGAAGUUGCUGAAACCGGAAGGUCGUACUUGGCCCAUGGCCCCUAUCGGUUAGAGAUUCUAUCAGAUCGACCACAGCCCCGGCCGGUCUCUGUGUCGGUAUCGAGUUCCUCCGACCUCGAGGUAGCAAUCUCCCCGGUAUUCGCGGGACCGAGCACUUCCGGGUACGCGGGACCGAGUACUUCAGGGUACGCGGGACCGAGUACUUCAGGGUACGCGGGACCGAGUACCUCGGGAUACACAGGACCCAGUACCUCGGGAUACACAGGACCGGGCACUCCAGGACACGACGGACCGAGUACUCCAGGAUACGUAUGGCCGAGUACUUCGGGAUACGUAUGGCCGAGUACCGCGCAUUACGUGGGGAUGGGUGCUUCACGCGACGCUCUCCAGAGCAUCUCGAGUUCCGCAGAAUCGUUGCCCCUAGAUCCCGUGGGACCUAGACCCAGCUAUCCGCGGGACGGACCAGCGAGUACUUCCAGUGGUGAAGACAAAUACGACUGGCGUGCUCAUAAUUGCCCGAUAAGCGUCGCCACACCGACUACAGCUGGAGAUGAAGUAGAAGCAGCCGGAUCUCCGCCGAUGGAUGCAAAGGACGAUGAGAACGCCGGCGGAGAUGACGUCGGAGAAGACGACGACGACCAUGUUUUCUACGGUCGGGAAAGGAUAAUUUGAAAAGAAGAUCUGGACGUGCAUCAAGCUCACCCGACUCAGACAGGGCUUCAUGAAUGCGCCUCUCUGCUGGGACUUGUAAAUUAAGUUUAAUUCUUAUUUAUAUGACGCCCCGCGAUUCGAGUAUUUUCUUGUGGAUUUAUGAUUUCUUAAGGAUUCAUGAAAGGAAGUCGCGCGGAACUAUUGUAUUGACUCAUUGUGCAGACAAAACGGGAAUUGUAUUCAUUUUUCAAUCAAAAUAAAACGAGCAAUCAUCGUUGACGAAA